GGCAGGGCGCGCUUUUCCGCCCUCCGACGCGGCGGCGCGUGCCCCCUCGCCGGCGCGGCGCUCCCCGUCGCGCGGGGCGGGGGGGGCAGCGGUGGUGGCGGCGGCGACGGGCGCGCGGCCCCCCCGCAGCGGCGCCAUGGAGACGGCGGACGGCGGCCGCCGCGGGACACAAAGGGCGACGCGGCGGCGGGCGGCGCGGCGGGGCCCCAUGGCGGCGACGGUGGCGGGGCCCGGCCCGGGCGGCGGCGGGGCUCCGCGGUACAGCCUGCUGGCCGAGAUCGGCCGCGGGGCCUACGGCGUGGUGUACGAGGCGGUGUCGGGCCGCAGUGGCGCCCGGUUGGCAGUGAAACGGAUCCGUUGCGACGCCCCCGAGAACGUGGAGCUGGCGCUGGCGGAGUUCUGGGCCCUGACGAGCCUCCGGCGGCAGCACCCCAACGUGGUGCGCUUCGAGGAGUGCGUCCUGCAGCGGCACGGCCUGGGGCAGCGCAUGAGCCACGGCAACAAGCGCAGCCAGCUCUACCUGCGCCUCGUGGAGACCUCCCUCAAAGGUGAGAGAAUCCUGGGCUACGCAGAGGAGCCUUGCUAUCUCUGGUUCGUCAUGGAGUUCUGUGAAGGGGGAGACCUCAACCAGUAUGUGCUGUCACGAAGACCCGACCCAGCGACAAACAAGAGCUUCAUGCUACAACUGACCAGCGCCAUUGCUUUCCUGCACAAGAACCAUAUUGUCCACCGGGACCUGAAACCAGACAACAUCCUGAUAACCGAGAAGUCUGGCACUCCCGUUCUCAAGGUGGCCGACUUCGGGCUGAGUAAGGUCUGCGCUGGCCUGACUGCUCGGGGCAAGGAGGGUGGGCAUGAGAACAAAAAUGUGAAUGUGAACAAGUACUGGCUGUCUUCAGCUUGCGGCUCCGAUUUCUACAUGGCACCCGAGGUUUGGGAGGGACACUACACCGCCAAGGCUGACAUCUUCGCCCUCGGCAUCAUCAUCUGGGCCAUGAUUGAGAGGAUAACUUUCAUUGACGCAGAGACCAAGAAGGAGCUGCUGGGGACCUACAUCAAGCAAGGGACCGAGAUUGUGCCCGUUGGGGAAGCGCUGCUAGAAAACCCAAAGAUGGAGCUGCACAUCCCUCAGAAACGCAGGACUUCCAUGUCUGAGGGGAUCAAGCAGCUCUUGAAAGACAUGUUGGCUGCUAACCCGCAGGAUCGACCUGAUGCCUUUGAGCUUGAAACCAGAAUGGACCAGGUUACAUGUGCUGCUUAAAUUCAGGGCAGGGCACUGCUGUGCUUUGCAGCUGGGUUUAUUUACCAGGGACCCAUAAUCUCCAUUAUUUACGUGCAAGGAGGGAAGUUGAAGAUAAGGGAAGAUGGUGAUACAGAAGAUUCCUGGUCUGCAGGAUCUCUGGCAAUGUUCAUGGCACCAUGCACUUCUCUGUGACCAGACACGUAACAUGCUCCGGGAGCUCCCACGGCCCCUGGGCCCCUGACUCUCGUUAGCUUGGCCCCCUGCAAACGUGCUGAAGAGGAAAUCCAACAGGAGCUUGGGGUGGGAGCCCAGGUCAGCUUGCACGUGUGCCACCAUGCCGCAGGCAGGAAGCAGGUUUUGCGAGAGAAUCUUGUUCUCCAGAAUUGCAUCCGCCUCCAACCCACUUAGAGCUGCCAAAGCCUGUGCUUCCCCGGGGACCAGCCUGCGAGCGGCAGAGAUGGAUGGGCUGACAUGGGCAUGACUUCACCCUUGCUGUCCUGCCACGGGAGCCGGGAGCUGUCAGUAUUCCCAGAGCGACAAUCCUGCUCUGGCCCUGCGCUGCAGCCCCGCCAGCCCCCACGGAUCAAGCACAGGGACCACCCCCAUGUGGUGCCACAGCCCCCUGCCCCAGCGUCAGGGCCGGAUGACGCCCCCGGGAUGAGCAUCCCUGCGAGCAGCAGCAAAGCCUGACUCAGUGGCACACCGCUGCAAAUUCUAACUCUGCUCCCUCCGCGUGGAUUCGGCCCUACGGUUGCUCCUGUUUUAACCUGGGAAGGGCCAGCAUCUGUGGUCUUGCGAAAGAUGCUCAUUCUCCCUCUGAAAAGCCUUCUGGAAAUCAGUGAGGGGCACUAAGCUGGCCAUGCAAGGUUCACCUCUCCUCUUCCACAAACCCAAGCAGGUCAUUAUCUCACCGUGAGCCUCAAUUCCCCCUUGUAACACAGAAAUGCCCCAGUACUGGCCCUGCGUUUGGGAAAUGCAGACAAAUGUUCCUAAAACCACCAUAGCCUUCAGUGGCAAGAAAUACAUGCCCUUGCCUUGCUCAUGCCCUGGGGGUUUGCAGACUCUGGGCUGUUUUAUCCGGCACGUUACAUCGGUGCUGCACAUUAACGCACCAGCCCCGAGAGAUGGAAGGGAGUGUGAGCCAGCCAGGCGAUAAAUCACAGGACGCAGGCUCCAGCUCUGCCCACUGGUACUAAAGGUGCUGGUCACCCAGUUCCCAGCGGGACAAACACUGGAGCCUCGGAGCCGCUUUCCUGUCCCAUGCCCUGGGGAGGGCGGACACCCGGCUCUCUGGGAUGAUCAUGUCCCAGUGUUAGCCCAAACGUGCUCCCUGCCAGCGGCAGCCCCGGGCCAGGACUGACCACAGGUGACAGUCAUGGGACAAGGCUGCAGGCUCAGGGAGUUUCCCAUUUUCCAUCUUCACGCUUUCUCCUACAUCCAAGCAAGUGUCACACACACACACACAGAGCCCUCACUGCUCGGAUGAGCCUGCCAGCAAGGGCUGUCUCGUGGGCUCUGGGACACGACAGCCUGCCUUGAACUUAAGCUCAAGGGCGUCUGUAUUGUAAAGUGCAGCACAGCACAAGGAUAUCCGAAUGGGCUUUUGAUGAGCUUCCAGCACGAUAAACGAGCUUCCGUGACCCUGCUACAUCUUCCUGAGCUAGAUCAUCAGUAAACCAACCGCUGCUGUAGCCCGCAGCUCAGACGAGCUCUCACCGCUCACAUCCCACACACGUGUACUUAGGUUAAUGUCACCGCUGGAGAAUGGAAGGUCUGCCCGCCCUAGGACUCCCCUUUGGUGCUGAGGACCUGUCCGGGCUGUCCAACCAUCAGACACCCAACAGGGGAGGAAAGGAGAGCUAACAGACACAGGCUCCCUUUCCCUUACGGGAGGAAAUCCCGAGCACUCAGCCCUGUAUGGGGCAGAUUUCCCGGCUGGGCACAGACAGGGAAGAUUUUUGCCCCAAACCAGCCUCCAAACCCACAAACUUCUUGGCCUGCUGUAGGCAAACAGCUGCCCCAAACUCCAGCAGGGCUAGGCUGUGGGGCUCCCUCCUAGGGUGCCAUUAGUGCAUGUAAUGAGCUGGAGAUAAUUGUUGCCUCGGGGACACAAUUAACUCCUUCCUGGCCUGGUCCAGCUGGGGCUUUUCCAUCUCAGGAGAGCAGUUGUCCCCCCCCCAAGUUCCUUUGAAAACUUACAUCCCUCUUCCUUCUCAAAGUGAGCCUUCUGAAUCACAGCCUGACGAGCAAAGCGAGUUCACUGAUGUGUGGUGAUGAUUUAGAUUUGGGAUAUAUCUGGAAUGUAUAAUUUAUUUCAGGUACAUGAGGCACCAGUGAAACUGGGAGCAAGCAGUGAGUAAAUCAGUCGCACCCUUGUGAUACCGGGGUUUGAAGCAGCUCAGUGCAGCCAGCCGAUGGGCAGCCCUGCUCUCAGAGUCCCGCUCCCAUAACGACGAGUUAUGGGUACCCUUGGGGGCUGCAGGGGCACAGUCAGGAACCCUGGAGGGGGUGGUGACAUCAGGAGACUUUUAUGACAGCGCUGCCAGCCACGGCCCUGGUGACACAGUCUCUAGCAGAAAGGUCUGUGUUGAGCAGCCCUCUGUCCCUGGGGGCACCUGGAACCAGGCGCUGCCCAAAGCGCUGCUCCAAACCUGCGCCUUCACCCAUGGGGUCCCACCUGGAAGGAGCAGAGGAAGAACCAGGCACAAAGUUCAUCCUCCUCCUUGUCCCCGUGGUGGUUUCCUUUGCAGCAAAUUACUGUUUCAGACAUGAAAUAUGAAGACAGAAAUUGCCAGCGACUUUUAAUUUGGGUUCUGCCAAUUUCUCUGUUCCAGCUAUUGAUUUUCCAUAAAGAUGAAUCCCCGCUCCCAGCUCUCUCUGACAGGCACUGUCUGGGUGUUUUGCUUACCCCGAGAGUGGAAAUAUAUGUUUUAUUAAGUGUCAGAGCUCACUAAUGAGAAGAGGGAGGAAAAUCAAUUGUCUCCUUAUAUCUUGAUCUCAAAGACAGGACUAACAAGUUCUUUAUUUUGAUGCUGUGGGCAGGAGGACAGGGCAGAAUGACAAAUGUGGCAGGCAACGGCUGUCAGCUCUGCUACAGAGACAGCUGAGGAGACAGGGGGGAAAAGGGGUACACGGUGUUCGAAUACUUCAAACACAUUUGUAUUUGUAUUAAUUCAUACAGAUUCAUAGAGUGCUAUAAAAUCCUACAGUUGAAUCGAUCCCUGAUGCAAAGCUACUGAAAACAGUAAAAUUUCAGCUGCAGACUAUGAGCAGGUUUAUACACAUAUUCCUAAAAUCAAGCCAGAAGCUUGGCCAGCUGUUCAGGAUAGGGGCAGCCAAAGGGGUUCCAUUUUUCCAUGCUAAAUUUGGGACGAAGGUUAGCAUUUAUGACAAUGAGAAGUACAAGCAAGCUCAGUGCAGAAGUCUCUGCACAACUCCAGCAAUAAACCCAAACGCGCACUUGCUGUGGUGACAGAAAGUGCUCAGCUGACAUCUUAACCCUGCCAAAAUGAUGAGCAAAACUUGCUAAGCCCAGGGCUUCACCUUUGCUGCGUGAGAAGCUCAGCCACUGCACUCAGCUCAGCUGUGCAAUACUUUCAUCUUCUACCUUCACCUUUUUUUCAGGUCAGUUCUGGGGUACAGGAACACCCUGAACAGCCUAGACCUCACCAGCUCGAAGGCAGACAUGCUCUCUGCCAAGAGCUAUUAAAUACGAAGACACCCCCACAUCUUCAGAAAUCAUGGGAUGGGAGGGUGCAAGGGAAGUGGACACAACGUGCAAGACUUGCUUUAAACACCUCCCUGGGUGUCUGGCACAGGCGGUGGCUGAACAGGACGUGAGGUUAGCUGGACCUCCACAGAACAACUCUCACGUCCUUAAGCCCUCAGACCACCAAGGCCAAGGGAAAAGAACAAGUCCAGUUCCCAGCACGCACAGCCUGAACGACAGGAUUGCGAUCCGUCAACAUUCAUUUCCUGCAGAAACUUGGUGUUAUUACCAAAUACUGAUCUCUGCUAGCCCUCCUUGUGCCCCCAAGCAAGGCUAUCAACCUUCUUUCACUCAUAUUUGUUAUCUUCCUUGUCUGUUAGAGAAUCACACCUGACAAUUGUACAGUUAAUCUCUUGGCAGCUGUGAAAUGAAAUGGUAAGCUCCGGCUGCCUUGAGAAGAUGCAUUGAUUUCUUAAAAUGACAGAUCGCCUCCUCCCUUGAUGUUCAAGCAGAAGCUCAGGGCUGGUGUUAUGGAUCUUGCCUAUCAUUCAAUUAAAAAAGCUUAGCAGAGGUGCACCAGCUAAGCGUACAAGACAGCAUUAAGGCUAAGCCCUGACCCAAAGAUUUAAUCACAGGGAGUAUGAAGGCACCUUCAGACGCAGGACGCCUGUCCGGUUUGCUGAUGAGCACACUGGUCAUGGUAUUGAGCUUGCCACCGUAAACCAGACAAGCCAGUCUCUGCUCCACAAUAAAACAACUGAUCGGCCAGUCAGGUCCCACAGCAAAGCAGAGCAGGAAAACCCCUUCCUACCCAAAAGGAAGUUUGCUGUACUUAAUGGAGCAGUUUAUAUCCUAUUUCAACACAUCUCUUUAAUAAAGAUUAUGUGUUUAAGUUAAUAAAACUCCUGACGCUGUGUGAAACAGCCUGAGUCUCGCUGCAGAGAGCAAAGCACCAGAGUGUGUCUGGCCUCAGAUGUAAAGAUUCACCCUCAAAAAAGUGCAAACACCCCCACCCCACAGCAUGCCAUAAAGCCCAGCGGAUCCCAUUAGUACCCCAGAACCACCUGUGCUUUCCCGGGCAAAUACUGGCACCUGCGAAGCAGCAAAAAGCCAAGCGGAAACAUAUCUGUGGGUAUCCCAGAUCCACCCCACGCUGGGUCAGAGCAGGUCCCAGGCAGAGCAGCAGUGGGAUGCUGACGAUGAUGUCCUAAUGCUCAGGAACUCAGGGCAGGGUCAUUCAGAAUCCUCCUCCCAGAAAUGCUACAAACAGCGCAGGUGUUUGGAGCAGCCCGGAUAGCUGGGGCUGCGAGGAUUCACUGGCCCCAGAAGCAGAGGCAUACCUGCACCGGGCGACUCAAAACCCCAGCGAGGUGCCCACAGUGUGAGAAACAGGUCAGCCGUGUGCCGGCACAGUGCUUCACCGAGCG